AUGCCGACCGGGAACCCGACGCACAUGCUCAGACUCAACCUCCAGCGGCUUGUGUCCUACAUCGACCGGCUGCCCUUCUUCACGCGGCUCGCCAUAGUGCUGAUGGUUGUGUGCGAGGCGGUCAGGGUUUUGCCGUGGUGGGAUAUCCAGGCGUGGGGCAGGCUGGAGCCGGAUCAGCUCGGGUUGCAGACGAUGCAUCGGACCAACACCUACGCGCUCCUCCAUACGGAUGUGUUCCAUCUGGUCAUGAACAUGUUUGCUGUGAUACCGAUGUUGGAACGGUUUGAGGCGGAGCAUGGCACGCUCACCUCGCUGGCGCUGUUUUUUGGUCCGCUGUCGACCUUGCCGGCUUUGAUGUAUGUCGGAAUAGAGAAGUUUCUGCUGCGGUCCAACACGUCGGUCGUGGGAGCUAGUAUCUGGGUCUUCCUUCUGCUUGCGAUCGAGGCCGUGCGCCAGCACCGGACGACCCCCUACUUGGUCAUUAACGGACAGCCUACGAUACCCACCUGGUCGACGCCGUUCGCGGCACUGCUGGCUGUCGCGGUGCUGAUGCCCGGUUCUAGCAUCCUGGGGCACCUUUGCGGUGUGGCGGUCGGCUAUCUCUGCGGCACGGGGUACGUCAACAUUAAGUAUCUUGCGCCGCCCGAGAGGGUCUUGCGAUGGAUCGAAGGCAGGGCCAAGCUGAGGGACUGGCUGCCGUACUAUGUGAGCGUGGAUCAGAAAGUCUAUGGCCGGUUCGGAGUGCUUCCCCUGGCCAAUCCGGGAGCAGCGCCGGUUGUUGUUCCUGGCUUGGUGCCCAUUCCUGAAGUCCAAACGGUACUGCAGUUAAGAUGCCGCGAUUGCUUGCAUGCAGCCAGCGCGCUGCAGCUGCGGCGGGACCCGCGCAUCCUUAAGCUCCCGCCGUACUUGUCGCUGCUCUGCAUCCUCGUCGGCGUCGCCUGGCUCUUCCUGCUCCCGCUCGACCAGUACUCGCGGAGAACGUACAUCUCAGAGAACGCCCUUCUUCCCGGCCAGGUGCACACAUACUUUGGCGGCAGCGACCAGAACGUGUUCCGGGCGUACAAGCACGAGGUCAAUGAGCUCAUCGGCAAGAGCAACGCCGAGAUCAACGACAAGCUCGAACCAAUCCUCAAGGGCCUCGGCCUCAAGACGGCCAGACAGAACUUCACUUAUCACGCCGCCGGACACACUUACUCGGGCGAGAAUCUCUACGCCACCCUGCAGGCCCCCCGCGGCGACGCCACCGAGGCCAUCGUGCUGGUGGCCGCCUGGGAGAACGUCAAGCACGAGAUCAACCGCAACGGUUUCCCGCUCGCCCUGACCCUGCUGCGCUACUUCAAGCGCUGGUCGCUGUGGUCCAAGGACAUCAUCCUGCUGCUGACCCCGGACAGCAUUGCCGGCCCGCAGGCCUGGGUCGAUGCCUACCAUGACGCCCACGAUCCCGCCCGGAUCUCUAGCCUGCCCAUCAAGUCGGGCCUGCUGCAGGGCGCCAUUGCCCUCGAUUACGCUCAGGAGGGCCGCUUCGACAGUGUGCACAUUGUCUAUGACGGCGUCAACGGCCAGCUGCCCAACCUCGACCUAAUCAAUUCGGUCAACCAUAUCGCGAGCGGCCAGAUGGGCAUCGGCGUGGCGCUGCAGGAGAUGUGGCAGCACGACAACGGAUACCGAGACCGGCUGCGCACCAUGCUUCGCGGCAUGCUGAAGCAGGGCUUCGGUCUGGCCAGCGGCGCGCACAGCAGCUUCAUCCCGUACCACGUCGACGCCGUGACGCUGCGGCCGUUUGGCGACGGCUGGCAGGACGAGAUGGCCAUGGGCCGCGUCGUCGAGGGCACCUUCCGCAGCCUCAACAACCUGCUGGAGCACCUGCACCAGAGCUUCUUCUUCUACCUGCUUAUGCAGCGUGACCGCUUCGUCAGCAUCGGCACCUACCUGCCCAGCGCCAUGCUUGUGGCCGCAAACUUCACCAUCAUGGCCAUCGCGCUCUGGGUGAAGAGCGGCCAGCCGGCAGAGGGCACGACGACAUCUGCUACCAAGAACGAGACACCUGCCACCACAGCCGAACGUGACCUUUUCUUACCCCUCGGCGUCGUGGCCCUAAUCCACUCCCUCUCCAUCGUCCCGCUCUACGUGUUCAACCACGCCCCAAAGAGCCACGCCCACUAA